AUGCCUCGACAUGCAGAACUGUUUGUUUCAUCUGCUCCUCUGUGUCCCUGCAGGCAGCUCCACACUCCCACUAACAUCCUCCUCCUCUCUCUGGCUGUUUCGGACUUCCUCGUGGGUCUCCUGCUGAUGCCAGGAGAAAUCCUCAGAAACACAGCCUGCUGGUUUCUUGGCGAUCUCAUGUGCUCUUUGUAUAAUUAUGUUUCAUGCAUAAUUACCUCUACCUCAGUUGGAGACAUGGUUCUUAUAUCAGUUGAUCGCUAUGUGGCCAUCUGUGACCCUCUGCAUUAUCCAAGCAGAGUGACUGAGAGAAGAGUUAAAGUGUGUGUCUGUCUGUGUUGGCUCUGUUCUGCUCUCUACAACAGUGGAAUUGUGAUGAGUGAUCUCACACAGCCAGGCAGAUACAACUCUUGUCAUGGUGAAUGUGUCAUUGCUGUUAUCUAUGUUGUAGGAAGUCUAGACCUUGUUCUAACCUUUAUUGUUCCAGUUUUUGUGAUCGUGGUUCUGUACAUGAGAGUGUUUGUGGUGGCCGUGUCCCAGGCCCGUGCCAUGCGUUCUCAUGUUACAGCUGUCACACUGCAGCUCUCUGUGGCUGCCACUUCAAAGAAAUCUGAGCUGAAAGCAGCCAGGACUCUGGGAGUUCUGAUGCUCGUCUUUUUGACAUGUUUCUGCCCAUAUUACUGUGUUUCUCUAGCAGGUGAUGAGUUAAUCAGUGACUCCUCUGCAUCUUAUUCACUCUUUCUGUUUUACUUGAACUCCACUCUGAACCCAUUGAUUUAUGCAAUGUUUUACCCCUGGUUUAGAAAAGCAGUGAGCCUCAUUGUCACUUUGCAGAUCCUGCAUCCCAGCUCUUCCGAAGUAAACAUACACUGACUACGUUGUCAUACACGUCAGUGUUGAUCUUAUCCAGAAUUGGUUCCUUUUACUCAAUUACACUUGACCAGAUGCUUGUUUUAAUCCUUAGAAUGGACAAAUCUCAGAUUACAUUGGAAAUAGUUAUUUUAUUCAUCCUAUUGCAGCUUGUAAACACAAGUCACAAUAACAAUCAUCCAAAUGGGAGUUCUCACUGAAGUCUAUGAAUGCACAUGUCUUAACCUGUCUGUAAUUUAGUAUAUUUAAUCAAAAUAUUUCUGGAAAAUCUUCAGUUUGACGUGCUAAAUGCUUUGAGACCAGCUUAAUAUAUUUUUAGCUUUCU